UCCAAAGGCAUCCCAAAACAAGAGUUCGCGGAUUCAGCUCAGCGGUUUCUCAUGACAGAAACAAAAUGGAGGUCGAAGAGACAGUGACAUUUUUUGAGGGAUGUAUGGAGAAAGACCCUGGUAUGUCCGUCGCAGUUGCAGCCAUUCACACACUCAUUGAAUUUAUCAGGAAAUCGCCAGCUGAAACUCUGUCAGAGUUGAGGGAAGUCCUCCAAAAAGUAAUCCAAGUGUUAACAAAAGCUGAUAUUGCAGUAGCCUCAGUUUCAUCAGGAUGUGAACUCUUUCUAAGAUUUAUCACGCUUGCUGCUCUUGAUAAUCCUGAUUUCAAAGAAUGUAAAAGAGUUCUUAUUGAGAGAGGACAAUUAUUCUUGAAAAGAGCAGCAGAUGCAAGAGCAAAAAUAGCAAAACUCAGUGAUUCAUUCAUAAAAGAUGGUGCUACCAUUCUUACUCAUUCCCGUUCAAGGGUAGUCAUAGAAAUUCUCAAAUCAGCAGCAAAACAAAAGAAAAGGUUUAAUGUUUUUAUCACUGAAUCUGCACCAGAUAAAUCAGGGCACUUGAUGCAUGAUCAGCUGGAGGAAUGUGGUAUUCCAUCUACUGUAAUAUUAGAUACUGCUGUAGGUUAUAUUAUUGAGAAAGUAAACUUGGUACUGGUUGGUGCUGAAGGAGUCGUUGAAAGUGGAGGAAUCAUUAAUAAAAUUGGUACGUACCAAAUGGCAGUGAUGACAAAAGCUGCCAAUAAACCUUUUUAUGUUGUGGCAGAAAGCUUCAAGUUUGUAAGACUUUAUCCACUCAACCAAGAGGAUGUGCCAAAUAUUUACAAGUACACUACUAGCCGUGCCGUGACAGGCCACCCAUUGGUGGACUAUACACCGCCAACCUACAUCACUCUGCUGUUUACUGACCUGGGUGUCCUGACACCGUCUGCUGUCAGUGAUGAACUCAUCAAACUCUAUUUAUGACAACACAAAAACACCUAGGUGUAUUUGAAAAUGGGCGCUCUGUUUCGUAGAAGGUCUUGGGGAGUCUGGAAACGAACUAGAUGAGAUUGCACUCUAGAAAAUGAGAUAUGCCUAUUUCAAAAAAGGUUGUCGGAUAAAAUGGCGAUUUUCAAUGGUCGAACGGAGAUUGCACGACCGAAUGUAGCCAUGGGUUUUGCUAAUUGAUGAGAAAUAACUGCUCCAUUUAGCCUCCAUUUCUAUGCAAGGUGAAUCUCACAAAAGAAACGGUCGUAGAAUCUUCUUCGACAAUCAACACUCGCCAUUUCCCCCGACAACGAGUUUUGCACUAGGUGUAUUUAACAAGAGAGGCGCGUUAAGAAUACAAGACAAGCUAAAAGAUUCGAAACAUACUGAAGAAGAAUGAACUCUGAUAAAGCAUCGUGUUAACUCUAUCAAAAACGAGAAUAAUAAAAUUAGCGAUGGUUUCAUCGAGUGUUUAGA